AUGUCAGUGAAGAAUCGCACUCCUCCCGGUCCCGACAGAAUCAAGCCUGAACAUCUGACGUACCUACAUACAGUUCUCAUCAACACACUGGCGAUGCUCUUGACUCGUUAUCUCUCGGAAUGCAAGGUUCCUAAGAAAUGGAAAACCAGCAAGACCGUGCUGUUGUAUGAGAAGGGAGACCCACAAGACAUCGGCAACUAUGGCUCAAUCUGCUUACUGUCUGUCAUCUACAAGCUCUUCACAAGAGUAAUCCUAAACAGGACAGAAAGAACAUUAAAUGAAGGACAGCCAUGCGAGCAAGCUGGGUUUCGAUGA